AUGUCCAGCUCCGAUGUGGAAACUUCGUCUGGUCGGCCUUCUUUGCACACGCUGACAAAUGGCGUCCCAUCUCCCCUUCCUUCUAUCUCUUUUGGUCGUGACCACAUUAAUGAGGCCCUUUCCAAGUCUCCAGACAAGGGCGCAACCUUAGACCUGGCGAACAAGGGACUCACAGACGUCGGGGAGUAUGGUGCAGAAGAGCUCGCCACCAUUGAGGCAGAUAGCCCCGUUGUAAGAAUUGCUCUUGCUUACAACCGUCUCACGACCUUGCCUAUGGCAUUCGCUCUGCUCUCACAUCUUCGAUACCUGGUCUUGAAGAACAACAACUUUGCUGUUUUUCCCGAUGUAUUAACUGUCAUGCCUUCGCUGGAGAUCCUGGAUAUCAGCCGCAACAAGAUCAAACGAUUUCCUUCUCAGCCUGGUUCUCUGGUGAAAUUACGGGUAUUUUCGAUCUUCCGUAACAAAUUACAUAGGCUGCCAUCAUACCUCUGCGACUUCAAGGAAUUGACUUUAUUCAAGGUUGAACGAAAUCCUCUUGAAUGGCCCCCAAAACAUGUUCUGGAGUCCAACGAGAACUUGGAUGACCCUCGAACUAUGAGCAAGUGGAUAAGGUCCGUACAAACUUGGAUUGCGGAGAACGCCCCACCUAGUGAGCGCAAGAUGAGUGAAGACUCUCUCCAUCAUGAUCUCGAAGUUCAAGAAGUUUACGCUGAUGCAACAAUGGACAUGAGCUUCGAUCUCUCGCCACUUCCAACAGACGCGAUCUCGCCAAGAACGAACUCAUAUCAUACUCGUUCCAUUUCGCUCGAGUCAGAGCAUUCAACCUACUUCCAAUUGGAUGGUCCACCGUCUGGCGCGGGGCCAUCGAGUUUAACUCGGCCUGAUAUGCUGCCGCGCCUCCACCUUAGUCCGAUCCCACCAGGCGUAUCCAGUAGUACUUCCACUUCCCCUUCCCGAUCACCUCAGGAUUAUCCGGCAACUCCGGAUCAAACAGUCUCCACAAAUGAAAAUGCCGCUCGCAAGAGCAGUGCGCAUACUCGAAAUGUGUCGUUCGCUGACGGUGGUUACAAGUCUUCUCGUAGUGCCAAACUCGCCAAGAAAAGCUUGCCCGAUUUACGACCAGCGGUCUCACCACAGGGUACUAGUAGGGACGGUGGAGGUACAGCGUCACAACAUGUUAUACCAGCAGAGGCGAAUGGAUUAAGCAGCUCACGAAAUGCCACCGUAUUAAUUCAUGAUCCCCUCUCUGCGUCGCCCUUGUCAAUGGUAGAUCGAACUGCACCUUCCAUGGAUGUGGAACGCAAUUCUUAUUUCCGCCGGCUGUCUGCUCUCACACCAGCGAGUCUGGCCAAGACAAUCCCCAAUGAUUUGCUCGCGCUGGUUGAUGCCAUCCGCAGUAUUCUCUUUGCUUUGUCUCAGGUAUAUCAAGCCCUCCAAUACUACACCGUAUAUGCCAUCGAUGAGCGAUUAUCUGCGGUUCUAUUGAAGGUCCUUGAUCCAGCCAGCAUGUAUAUGACUCAACUGAUUCAAGCCCUUGACCGGUUUGACUCGAUGAGCAGGAUAUCUCUACCACCACCAUCUGUUUGCAGAGCAGUUGUUGAAGGCUGUCGCGACAACGUCGCCGUUUUCGGCAAAGUCGUCGGAGUCCUGGCUCUCCAACUGAAAGUUCUAGCAACACAUGACGACGUCCGCUACACGAGGCAAAUGCUGCUGGUUCUGUACGGUGCUAUGGCGGAGAUCUCCGGUGCGUGGCAGGCCAUAGGUGGACGCAUUGAAGCUGUCAAGCCCCUCCUCCGGGAGACCCGACCGUCACAUUUCACCAAAUCGCACACCGCACAACUGCAGACGUCUCGAGCGGCGACUGUCGCGCCCAGCAUGGACAUCUCCAGGCAGCCUUCAUCUGCUCCUCCCAUGUCGUCGUCAUCAUUCCUUCCCAUCCAGGAGCAGCCACGGAUUCAUCUGAGAUCCAAUACGCAAGGCUCCGUAGAUAUGGGAACAACCCGGGCCCGCCGCCAAGCUGGGUCGUUCAGUUCCAAGGAUGUGGAAAUAGGGAAGAUGCUCCCGUCGUAUGUGGAACCUCCCCCUCUCACGGCGGGCAUCUUGAAUGGCACAGGUGGACAGACACCAGUGCUACGGACCAUCAGACGGUUAGCCGUACCUCCCGAUUCUACUCCAUCGAGCAUCCCUUCGUUGUCUCCAGAUCAGGAAAAUCCACCUGCAGCGGCAGUUCCUGCAGCCCCCCCAGGCUGGGAUACGCAUUCCCGUCAGGGCUCGCAGAGUUCUAUUAUUGUCUCAUCUUCCUCUCCUGCCAUUAGUUUCAGAGAGGCUCCUUCCAGUGCCAGUACUCUGGUAGACAAGGAAGUCAUACAAGCUAUGAAGAUGGCUGUUGAGGCUGCUCCGGCGAUCUGGGAAAUGAUGGAUGAGAUUUUGCAUGAUGCCCAAGAGGCUAGAGAUGAUCUGAAGGAUACAUUACAGAGUGCGAGAGAAGUGACCGAACGAUUGAGAGAAAAUAUGGGCGCUAUACGGGAUGGUGCUCUAACUGUCGAAGGGCGACCUUUGCAUGACGACGCACAUAUAUUUAUCAAGAAUGUCAUCCAGUUGUCGAACGCUAUCAAGACGCAUGGCGCCGCCCAUCCACUAUCCUCGACGCUACGUACCAACAUGGUUAAGCUCACGAACGCCACACAAGAGUUCGUGAUCUUGCUACACGUGUCGUCCUUCUCUCCGGCAACGACUCCCAGGCCUUACUCGCCCAUGGUAGGAGUGAUGGCCCAGCCAAGCCCACUUGGUCUACCAGAAGACGGCAGGCUCGGCGCGAAUCUAUCUCGCAGUCGUAGCGCACUACGCGCCACCAACCUGAAGGUUGCGUCGACGCUGAAGAGACCACCGCACAGUGCGCUACCGCACCAGACGUUCACGAUUCCCAAUCCGCCACGCUUCGGAUCCAUGAGAGACGCUGUAGAGGACUCGCCAGCGGUCCAGGCGUGA